CGAUAUUCAUCUUCGACGGCUGGAUCUUAUCUCACUUUAACUUACAAUGUUUCCAGUUUUGCCACAACAUUAACUCUGGAGUGUUUUAGCGAUAUCUUCCUUGAAAAACUAUUUAUUUUGCGGCACAAAAGCAGUGUCAGUCAAUUUGUGGGCAGAAAAGCGUGAGCACGUCGCGCUUUUUCACACACAACCGGAGGUGAACUUACUAUAUGAAGUAUUGAUAAUCGAUAACGUGGAAUACGGCACACAAGACCUGUUCAGCACUCCAACCUGGAGAGUGUGAGUGAAAAACGCUGCAAUUGACACGCUUUUCACUGAAAAUUUAUUUGUUAGGAAGUGAUAAAUCUCGUGAAUCUGCAAUUGCGUCAUAUUUCUCGCUAGCAAUAUCAAUUUAGUGAACAUAUUUGCUAAGUGACAAUAAAUGUCUCACCACAUAUUUCUUCCCCAAACAUCUUAAGUGCAGGACAUUUCCAUGGAAAUAGAAUACUUUCUUAGAAAAUCGAGGUCAAAGGGUAAUUACUUCCUAUCACUCUGACCCUGUCACAUCGCGAAGACUGAAUAUUUCAGAUGACUUUUUGGCUGAUUGACUCAACCCAUGAGCGAUACAGUAUAUCUGAGUGAUAUUUUAUUGAUGAGUCAAAUUGAAUUAAUAAUAGUGUACCUGCGGAUAAGCGAGAAUAAUCAAGCAAAUUGUUUGUGAUAAUGUCUGAGCGAGCAGAAGAGCGCGAUUCGCAGGCGAGGCAGUCCGGACAAGUGUCAGUGAUCCAGAAAGAAGGUUCUCAGUCACGAUCAGAGAGUGAGAGGAAUUUCUACAGCAUGGGAAUGGACAAGGGCAGCUCAGUGAGUCUCUCGGUGGACAGUUUUGGACUCGUGAAGGAUCCAGUGACGAAGAAGGAGGAGACAGUCUGGGUCUACACAUGGAGGAACUCCUUGAGUCGCGUUUCAGUCAAGGUCAUCAGUUACGGCGCCACAAUCUUGUCCGUGGAAGUUCCGGACAAGAAUGGAGUUCUGCAGGACGUGGUCAUGGGAUUUGACUCUCUCGAGGGCUACUUCAAUCCUCUGAAUCCCUAUUUCGGCGCCACUGUUGGCCGAGUGGCGAACAGGAUUGCUCACGGGAAGUUCUCUCUGGACGGCAAGGAUGUCCAAGUGGCCAAGAACUGGAAUGGGAAGCAUCAUCUUCACGGUGGAAUUGUUGGAUUUGACAAAUUCAACUGGACUGGCUUCGUGGACGGCAACGCCCUUGUGCUCAGUCACUUCUCUCCGGACGACUUCGAGGGCUAUCCGGGCGAUUUGCUGGUUCAAGUACGCUACGAAUUGACCGACGAUGACGCCCUGAAGAUCAAUUUCUCUGCCACGACAUCGAAAUUGACUUCUGUAAAUCUCACCAAUCAUUCCUACUUCAAUCUGGCCGGUCAUGAUGCUGGAAAUGAGGAGAUUUACAAACACUUCGUGGUCAUCAAUGCUGAUAAAAUCACUGAGACGGACAGUGAGUCUAUUCCUACUGGAAAACUCCUUGAAGUCGGAGGAACUGCCUUCGAUUUGCGCUCUGGAAAGACUCUCGGAGAGGCUUUCAAAGCCACAGCAGCCAAUGGGUAUGACGACAAUUUCUGCGUGACCAAGUACAGCCAGGGAGAUUCCUUCGUGGCCAGAGCUGUGCAUCCGCCGUCUGGGCGCUUCCUGGAAGUCUACAGCGAUCAGCCUGGCGUGCAAUUCUACACGGCGAACUUCCUGCCGGAUCCCAAAGACUCUGCAUCGCCGAAGCUGCACGGCAAAGGCGGAGGAUUGUAUCAGAAGCACGGUUCGUUCUGCUUCGAAACCCAAAAAUUCCCGGAUGCCGUGAAUCACGACAACUUCCCGUCGACAAUCUUGAAGCCAGGAGAGACUUAUCAGCAUCUCUGCGUCUACAAAUUCGGCUGGCAAAAGUAACUUUUCUUACCUAUGAAUAUUGUUUUAUUACUUUUGCUAUAAUAAACGGUCUGGUAGAGUUUACCACUGAGAGAGUCGUGACUUGGGAU